CGCGCUACGUCACCGUGGCGGAAGUCGCGGCCGCUGUUUUGAAAUCAGACCGCCCAGGUCUUACUAGCUCCUGUUGACGCAGAGGCCUGAGGCCGCGCAGCGUCGGGGAACAUACCCGACACCUGUCCUCCAGCCCUGCUGACCUGACGCCGCUGCCACGCCAUGUCCACCCCUCCGUUGGCGGCAUCGGGCAUGGCGCCCGGGCCUUUCGCCGGGCCCCAGGCCCAGCAGGCGGCCCGAGAGGUCAACACUGCAUCGCUCUGCCGAAUCGGGCAGGAGACGGUCCAAGACAUCGUGUACCGCACCAUGGAGAUCUUCCAGCUCCUGAGGAAUAUGCAGCUGCCAAAUGGUGUCACUUACCAUACUGGAACAUACCAAGACCGGUUAGCAAAACUACAGGAUCAUCUUCGCCAACUUUCUAUUCUCUUCAGGAAGCUGAGAUUGGUCUAUGAUAAAUGCAAUGAAAACUGCGGAGGGAUGGAUCCCAUUCCAGUGGAGUAUUUCCAGAGUUUGAUCAUACUGGUUUUACUUUUGACUAGAAAAGAUGAAAUUGUGAGAUACAUAUGUGUCAACUUAUUCCAUAUGUGGAAGAAGAUGGCUCAAAGAAUGAUGACCGGGCUGGCCCACCUCGUUUUGCUAGUGAAGAGAGGAGAGAAAUUGCUGAAGUCAAUAAAAAACUCAAACAGAAGAAUCAACAGCUGAAGCAAAUUAUGGAUCAAUUACGAAAUCUCAUCUGGGAUAUAAAUGCCAUGUUAGCAAUGAGGAACUAAACUGAUAUUUAAAUUUCCGGCUUUACACAUGUUACACUGUUUUUUUUCCCCUCAAGUUAUUUUUUCCCUUUGAAGAUUAUUUAUCUGCUUUCAGUCUAGUCACUAGAAUUAAAGUUUCUAUUUUUUACACUGUGGUUUUACAUUAAAGUAUUCACUGGUGGUUUUUAAAAAAGCUAUUGAUUCUGUGAAAGACUAUUGUAAUACAUUUUGAUGAGAUUUGUUUUUGGUUAUUCUUCAUGAAUUGAAUAGUUGUUUUUUAAAAGCAAAAAUAAUUAACUUUUGUAAAUAAAUUUCUAAAUCUGA